GGGCAUGAUUCAGAUCUCGUUGGGUGCCUGCUUUGCGGAUUAUGCAUCGUGUUAGAAUAGAGUAUGACAGCAAUUGGCGGUAAGCAGUUCUGGCCCCCGGGGAAAGGCGAUUGAUGGCAGUUUAUCCUCCAAAGCGGGCGACAACUGCGGCUGGUAUUAUGCCUCAGGAGCUAAAGAGAGCUGCUCGAUGUAGCAGCCUGGUGGGUACGCAUCUCGGAAGCCCGCUAUGCCAGUACACGGCGUCCAUUCCAAAGAGCCAGCGAGGAAGAAAGAGCCAAGACAUCCCGCUCAUGGAACGAAGCUUAAUAUAACAGCGCCAAACUUGUAAGAGGCUGCGUUAUCCUGGGCCACUGAUUGGCCGAAAGAGAAGGCUCCGCCCGUUAAGCUGGUAUCAACGAGCUAAUGGUGAUACAUGGUAACAACCGACUUUAGCCCCCCCAAAUAGCGGGUGUAAAAUCUGGUAUGUAAUGGAAUGACUUUCUGGAUGGCAAUACGGCCCAGCCGGUACUUGAUAAGCCUUGUGACUGUUUAUACGUAGUAAAAAGAGCAACAAAGAAAAAUGGAAAGAAAAACCGAAUAAUCAGUUUCCAAGACAAAUUGGCUGCAGUAAAAGUAACUUUUUGGUUGGCCGGCUGAGACGCAGAGAGCUUUUUUAUAGAACCAGCUUCCCCUCUUGCUUAUUGCAGUCAAACCGCAGUCCACCAAACACAACGUGUCUCAACUAGCUGCUACCU